CAUGUUAAAACGUAUAAAAUAACGGUUUUAAAGAAAAAAAAUUAAAAACAUUAUUUCUAACAAACAAUUUAAAAAAAAUAUAUAUAUUGUGUUCAUUGAAAAAAAAAAAACUAUAAAAAUAAACCAAAAUGCAUAACAUUGAAGAUAUGCUAGUGGAAAAAAAUUACUCCAAGUGUCCUUUGAAAAAACGUCCCGUUCAUUAUCACUUCGAGGAGGAUGAGUCGUCUUCAAUAAUUAUGGAUACAAAAAUCACAAACUCCACUACAGUGCCUCUCAAAAUGGAUAAUGAUGAACCAGAAAAUUUAAGCUUAAAAAAGGAUAACAGUGAAACGGCCAUAAAACUUAUAUCUUCCUCCUCCUCUACGACUGCCGAAGAAGAAAUGAUCAAUGUUAGUGAUUGUUGUGAAGAUGAGGGUGUUGAUGUUGAUCACACCGAUGAUGAUAGCAUGUGUGAUGAUGAGGAUGAAAUGAUCGAUUGUGUGGAUAUUGAGGAUAAUCACAGUGAAGAUACAAAUACUACACAGGCUGCUGCUUUGGCAGCUGCUGCUGCUGUGGCUGCUGCUUCAGCGGCUGUUGUAGUACCCACACCCACCUAUCCUAAGUAUGGCAUACAACCCUGGAAUUUCCAUAUGUCUCCCUAUACUGCUGAGUUCUAUCGCACCAUUAACAAUCCUCAUUUGGCUCAACAAAUUUCACCUCUCAGAGGAGAACUCUUAUCGCCUAGUUCUCCCUCGGAUUCUAUUGGUUCUUUGUCACCUCCACCUCAUCAUUAUUUGGGAGGACGUGCUAGCUCAGUAUCACCUCCCAUGCGUACAGAUGUUAUACACCGACCCAUUGGUGUAAGACAAAUGCCUUCUCAAUCGCCUCAACAUCAGCAUAGAUUUAUGCCUUAUCCUUUGCCUGCCUAUCCCACCCACCAUCAAUCGGCCGUUUCCUAUGCUUUGGGUUAUCCACCACAACAUCAUCAUGCUCCCAUUUCACCAGCUUACUCCGAAUCUUCUUACUACUCCAUGAGAUCACUGACACCGGAAUCUUUAGCCUCGCCUGUGCCGGAAGAUCUUUCUGUCAAGCCCAAUAGCUGUAAUGUCAUGAAGACUCCUCAAAAGUCUAGCAUUAUUAAAACAGAGAAAAUUGAUAUUUCUCCCUUGCCUCAACAACAAAGUGCUACAGCUUCAUCAUCUGCCACAACACCAGCUAAGAAAGAGAAAAAUGGUCCUCCACGCUAUCAAUGUCCAGAUUGUCAGAAAUCCUACUCCACCUUCUCGGGACUCACCAAGCAUCAACAGUUCCACUGUCCUGCUGCCGAGGGAAAUCAAGUGAAGAAGUCCUUUAGCUGCAAGGAUUGUGAAAAAACUUAUGUCUCCUUGGGGGCUUUGAAAAUGCACAUACGCACUCACACUCUACCCUGCAAGUGCAAUAUUUGCGGUAAAGCCUUCUCGCGCCCUUGGUUAUUACAGGGUCAUAUACGCACUCACACCGGUGAGAAACCCUUCAGUUGUCAACAUUGCCAUCGAGCCUUCGCUGAUCGUUCUAACUUAAGAGCCCAUCUGCAAACACACUCCGACAUUAAGAAAUAUUCCUGCACCAAUUGUUCCAAAACAUUCUCUCGCAUGUCUCUGCUAACCAAACAUUCAGAGGGUGGUUGCCAAGGUUCCCUAAACUCUACAAAUAACUCUAGCAAUUCCUCCAAUGAACUUAACUCCUAUCCUGUCUACAACGAACAUUAGGAAAUGAAUUUUUGACAAAACAUAUCACGUUUGCCAUAUAACAAAAACCACCAAAAAUUAGUUCCUAAAACAAAUCUCAACUAUUUUUUGUUUCUACCUAUUACAAAUUCAACCUGGUGUUAGAUUUUCUUAAACAAAAAAAAUCACAAAGGCAGAGCCUUUUUUUAUAACUUUUAUUUUACUCAAAAAACCAAAACUCUAGUCAGCCUCUUGUAACAAAACAAAACUAUA